AUGAGCACGGGUAAUUCUCUUAAGAGAGGCUAUUUCAUUGGAUCCGUCACUACCGAGGGCAAGGAUUACGAGUCGACGGUGGAAGUUGAAUUGCCCUUGAAGAUUGUCUUCCGUGGUGGCCGCAAAUUCCACGUGCUCAAGAAACGGAAAGUCGACGGGGAUUUGAAUCUAUGGCAUAUCGACAACGCUGAGCUUGGACCGUGGUUCUCAACACUGGAAAGCCUCAUCGAGUUCUACACGGCGAACCAAAGUCACCUCAACUCGAUCGAAACAGAG